GGUUUUAGUACUAUCUUCUUUUAAGCCCUUGAAGCAUGAUAGGAGGUGAGGGCAUGAAGACUGCUGCAGUAACAUUUUAUCUCUUUUCAAGCACUGGACUAUGACAUCCCAUUUCCUCCUAACUCGAAUUGAAAUCAUAUACUCCAUCCCAUUUCUUCGUUCUUUUCCAUUCAAGCGCUUCUCACUGUUCAUUAUUGCCACAGACCAACUCAGACAGCGCCUUAAAAAUAAUAGAAGCUUAGUUACCGUUGGAGUGGCCUUUUCCCUUAUAUCCCUUUCAGAGUGUAGCAGGGACUGGGGGGAGGGGGGAUUUCCCUCUUCCCGCAUCCAGCAAUGAAGUCUUUCUGCUGAACAACUUGCUCACUAGGACACACCUAUCCCAAUGAAAACACACCAGAGUUCUACUGCAAAGUUAAAUUGAAUUACAGAAAGGAGCAGGUGGGGAGAACUCAGAGAAGAGACUUCCUUAGAAGGGAUGCUGCGCCCAGAGAGAGUUUCAUAAGGGCACCAUGAGAAAAGACUUUGGGACAUUGCAGUGCCAGAGGGUUAUCCACUUGACUUCCAGGAACUUGACCAAAUCAAAGGCCAUAUCAUCUUGAAGACAUGGAGGAAAAUGCUGACUUUGAUGAGGACCAUCUCACAGAUUAUGAAAUUCAGCUUAGCAUUCAAGAAUCCAUUGAUGCCAACAAGAAAGAGCUUUAUCCUGAAAGGUUUGUACCCCUAAGUGCUCAGAACAGAAAACUUGUAGAGGCUAUUAAAAAAGGCCACAUCCUUGAGCUCCAGGAAUAUGUGAAAUAUAAGUAUGCUUUGGAUGAAGCUGAUGACAACGGAUGGUUCCCACUGCAUGAGGCGGUGGUUCAACCUGUUCAGCAAAUACUUGAAAUCGUUCUGGAUGCAUCCUACAGAACUCUUUGGGAAUACAAUACUUGUGAUGGAGAAACACCAUUAACUCUGGCAAUUGAUUCUGGUCUGGUGGAAAAUGUACGAACUCUGCUGGAAAAGGGCGUGUGUCCAGACACCAAAAACCUCAAAGGAGAAACUCCCCUUCUACUUGCUAUAAGAAAGGGUUCCUAUGACAUGGUGUCCCUUCUGAUUAAGCAUAAUACUAGCCUCGACCUGCCGUGUAUCAAGAGAUGGACAGCAAUGCAUGAGGCAGCCAAACAGGGCCGCAAGGAUAUUAUUGCUCUGCUCCUAAAGAAUGGAGGAAAUGUGCACCUGCGGGAUGGAUUUGGAAUUACACCUUUGGGUGUUGCUGCUGAGUAUGGUCACUGUGACGUGUUAGAACAUCUCAUCCAUAAAGGUGGUGAUGUUUUUGCUUUGGCGGAUGAUGGGGCAUCUGUCCUCUUUGAGGCAGCAGGAGGAGGUAAUCCUGACUGUAUUUCUCUUUUGCUGGAAUAUGGAGGAAGUGGAAAUGUGCCUAAUAGAUCAGGACACCUUCCUAUUCAUCGAGCUGCUUAUGAAGGACAUUACCUGGCUCUGAAAUACCUCAUCCCAGUAACAUCCAAAAAUGCAAUCCAGAAAAGUGGGUUAACCCCCAUUCAUUCAGCAGCUGAAGGACAAAAUGUGCAGUGUCUGGAAUUACUCAUUGAAAAUGAUUUUGAUGUCAAUACUCCCCUGGCUGAUCACAUUUCUGAGAACUACGAUGAUGGAAGGAAGACUGCACUGUAUUUUGCUGUUUCCAACAAUGACAUCCUCUGUACAGAGGUUCUUUUGGCUGCAGGUGCAGACCCAAACCAAGAUCCCCUGAAUUGUUUGCUUGUGGCAGUGAGAGCUGGCAAUCAUGAAAUUGUCAGAUUGCUUCUCUCCCAUGGAGCAAAUGUCAAUUGUUACUUCAUGCAUGUGAAUGAUACCAGGUUCCCCAGCGCCAUUCAAUAUGCUCUGAAUGAUGAGGUAAUGCUUAGACUGUUGCUGAAUAAUGGCUAUCAAGUGGAGAUGUGCUUUGAUUGCAUGCAUGGAGAUAUCUUUGGAAAUUCCUUUGUGUGGUCUGAGAUUGAGGAAGAUGUUCUCCCAGGAUGGACUUCUUGUGUAAUAAAAGAUAACCCAUUCUGUGAGUUUAUUACAGUUCCCUGGAUGAAGCAUUUGGUGGGUCGUGUUAUGCGUAUUUUAAUAGAUUAUAUGGAUUAUGUCCCUCUAUGUGAUAAACUGAAAUCAAUACUAGAAGUACAGAGAGAAUGGCCAGAAAUUCGCCAAAUAUUAGAGAAUCCCUGCUCAUUAAAGCAUUUGUGUCGACUAAGAAUUCGAAGACUCAUGGGACUAAAGAGACUGUGCAAACCAGAACUUAUAGAGAAACUUCCUCUACCAACUAUCUUAAGAAAAUAUAUCUUGUUUAAAGAAUAUGAUCUAUAUGGCCAAGAACUGGGGUUAUCAUGAUUCCUGAAGAGUUUUAAAAAUCAUUCCUUCCAAGGGGCUCAGUAAGAAAGUGAAGGAGGUGUUUCUCAUAUAUUAACUGGGAGAGAGGAACAGCUGCACCCACUGAUGAGGCUUAGAAGACACUAAUGCAACCCUGGUUCCACAGCCUCAUCAUGAUAAGCUUCUGGAUGCUCUUUCAUAAGGCUGAGACCUCCAAUGCUCUUUUCUUCACUAUGAGAUUUGCUUAGCAUUAUACAGAAGGUCUAAAUAUCACUGAGUAGCUUCUGAAUGUAAAAUAAAUUCUAGUUUUCAGUGUGCUGUCAUGAAAUGAUAUCACCUUACCUGAUUUAAAGUAAAUUCAACCAGCCUCUUGAAGCAAAAUGUCUUCUGAAGAAGACAAUGUAAAGAGCCAAGUGCAAUAUUUUCAGGUUUUAGAACUAAUAAAAAAGUUGAAAUUAUGUA